AGGGAGGGGGCGCUAGAGCGGGUGAUGCCCUUCGGUAAGCCACAAGCGAGACUGAUCCGCGGCCCCCACAUACGACAGAACUGACGGGGGUCCAGUGCAGAGAACAGGGCAGCGACCGAGAGAGAGACAGAGAGCGGGAGAGACGGAGACGGAGUCUGAAUUACCUCAACAAUCGCAGACAAACGAGAGGAUAGACAACAUCGUCACGCGCUAGACGUCUUCUGCCCUGAAAGGUGAUCCAAAGAGAGGGAAAAUGGGCGUGGCCACGAAUACUCUGAUCCUUGCGUGCUUUAUGGUCGCCUUGAUCGCACGGGCCUGGUGUCAAGAAGGGGCGUGUCUGCCGGACGGAAGACAUAAAAAAACGCCAAGUCCAGAGCCACACCUGAAGGAGUGUUCUCUCUACACGGAGAAUGCGUGCUGCACAGAGGAUGACAUCCAUGAUCUCAUGGCCCCUCCUGCCAGUUCGGAAAAAGCCCACUGGGACAAAUGUGGAGCCCUCAGCCCCGUCUGCGAAAGUUUCCUGAAGCGAGUCAUCUGCUUCCACCGCUGCUCUCCGGAUGCCGCGCGCUGGCCACAUCCCCAACGCGGCUCCGCCCUCAAGGCUGUGCCACUGUGUCACAGCUUCUGCAAAGGCUGGUACGACGCCUGCAGGAUGGACCUGACCUGUGCCCGUGAGUGGGCCAGCGACCCUCGGGGGCUCAACUGCACCGGGAGCUGCGUGCCCUACCAGCAGAUGUACCAGCACGGGCGUGACCUGUGCGAGAGCCUGUGGGGCGACGCCUUCAUGACGGUGGAGGACGAGGCCAACGGCGGUGGCGGCAAUGAUGCCGGCAUAGAGGAAGGCGGGCCCGCGUGCGGCUGCCUGAACCUCAGCCCCUCCGACCGCGACGCCAUCGCCGCGCUGCGGGCCCGCGAGGAGGACCCCGAGGAGCUGGACACCACCAAGAUGGGCCUGCCCCAGUACCGCGCGCCCUGCUCGGCCCCGGCCGCCGCCGCCGCGCUGCCCCCCCAGGCGGCCCGGAGGUCCGGCAGCAGCGGCAUCAACACCAUCCUGCGCAAGCGCUCCGUGCCGCUGGCCGAGAGCGACGUGGAGGGCAGCGGCAGCGGCUUCGAGGGCAGAGUGUGAGCGUGGAGCCUGACCACGUACGUGUGUGUGUGUGUGCGUGCGCGCGUGUGUGUGUGUGUUUCAGCAGUCUCCUUUCCUCUCUAACUAGCCAAACCUCUCUCAGACUAGACAUCCUCAUAUCAUAAUCCAAUGUAUGUCCCACAUGAGUCCAUCCUGUGCUCAAUCCACCGAUGUUAAGGCUCAGAGUCUCACAGUAGAAGUUCUUCUCUUUACUUAUCAAGACAUCAGACUGUCGCUGAAUGAGUGAUUUUUUGCCAUUUUAGCUUUCACUCAAGCAGGUCAAUAACAAGUGUUAGGUUUGCAAGAUUUGCUCUGAUUUCACAGAAUGCAUCUUCCUCUAGUUAUUAUACAGAGAAUCUGCCAGUUCUGUCAUAUCGCAUAGUUAUGAUUUUGUCUCAGUGUCAAACAAUGCAUGAAAUCACUUGGACCAGAUUUUGUCAUUUACAAGUUGCAUAACUCCCUGGCAUGGGGGUUGUCCCUUGGAGAGGGGGAAGCGAAGGUCAGUGCAGAAUCCCGGACACACAGCCUGCCAGACCCCCCCCCCCCCUGCUUAUAAACCUUUCUCUAGCUAGACAAAUCCUCUCAAUAGUCCAGACGAGGACAAACAUGGUGUAUUAGCUGGCACUUUGCAUGACAUCUUGAUUUUCUGCUGAUGUACAUAGUGUUGUUGUUCUUGCUGAAGCUUUUCAGUUUCCAACUGAGAAGGCUGAAGGUAUUCUGAAAGAAUGUCAGGUUCCAUGGCCGUCAAUAGUGUAAGGCUGUGGUGUUCAGUUUUGUAAGCAGCCAUAGAUGUUUUUAUUGAGCUAGAGAGGAAUUUUCCUUUUUGAGUCUGUAGAAAUGACAGCCGGUGAAGAUAGCAGAGGAGACGGUAUUAGUCUGAACUGUCAAGACGGUUUUAUGUGUCAGACUGUGUUUAGAUCUGUUUAGAUUGUCUCUAGAAUGGGCCGCUGUCCUAGCUUAUUGUGAACAUCUAUCUGACCUAGAAUGUGGGGUAGAGUCAAGGAGAACCUGUCUGUCUGAAUACAACUGGCCAAGUGCAAAUGUAAUGGUAAUAAUGCUGUAAUGUUUCCGUGAUUUCCUCAAUAAAGGCUCUAUUUCUACAUC